AUGACGGAAAGCGCUGCUGGGGGCCCUGGGCCCGGGCCCAGGCCGGGAAUUGCCCAAGCUCACGGCUUCCGGGCUCUGCCUAACCGCACGGCUGUGUUUCCUCUCCCCCCAGAGGUGGCCAAGACCAAGCAGAAGAUCGAGGAGCAGAAGAUGCAGGUGCUGGUGGUGGAGCGGACCCAGCAGAUCCAGCUGCAGGAGCAGGAAAUCAUCCGCAAGGAGCACGAGCUGGAGGCCACGAUCAAGAAGCCGGCCGAGGCCGAGCGCUACCGGCUGGAGAAGCUGGCGGAGGCCCAGAGGUCCCAGCACCUCAUGCAGGCGGAGGCUGAAGCAGAGUCCCUGAGGGUGAAGGGGGAGGCGCAGGCGUUCGCCAUCGAAGCCAAGGCGCGGGCAGAUGCCGAGCAGAUGGCCAAGAAGGCGGAGGCGUUCCAGCAGUACCAGGACGCCGCCAUGGUCGACAUGCUGCUGGAGAAGCUGCCCCAGGUGGCGGAGGAGAUCAGCAAGCCGCUGAGCGCGGUGAAGAAGAUCACUAUGGUGUCGAGUGGGAGCGAGGGCGUGGGCGCAGCCAAGAUGACGGGGGAGGUGCUGGAAAUCAUGAGCAAACUCCCGGACACUGUGGAGAAACUCACCGGCAUCAGCAUCUCCCAGAUGAGUCAGAAGAAGCCGGGGCGAAUGUCUUAGUCGCUGGAAGUCAGGGGGGCUCUGCACCGAGCCGCGCAUGUCCCUGAGCCCCCCCCCCCCAUUCUCCUUGCUGUGUGUGCAUCUCAGGCCCCCCCUCAUGCUGGCUGCCCCCGAGGGGGGGAUGUGCAGGGCACCAGCCACUGAGCCCCGUGGGUCAAUGCCACCUCCUGUGUACCCUCGCCAGCCCCCCAACCUCUCCCCCUCCCUGAAGAGCUGGGGGGGGUUGCUUCCCACACCACCCUAACCUCGCCUGGACCUUGUAUUCCUGGGGGAUCAGCCCCACAGACCCACCCCCUCGCUCCGUCAUCUCUUCACAUCCAAGAUCAUCCUGAAGGAGAUGCUCCAUCACCUCCAGCUCUGGAACGGCGGGCGCCAUGUCUUUAUUGUCAUUCAGGAGGUGCAGAUUUGAAGUCUGUUUUCUCAAGAGCCGCAGAGUGAGAAACAAACCCUUUAUACUGCAGGAAAGCUUGGGAUUUCCUCUUUUCAAUGCCACCAACCUCUUAAUUCUACUCCUAAUGCAGCCUGAGAUAUCUCACCUUAAAGCCCCAGCGUUUUCAGAACCCUCGGGCUUCCUUUUCCCUUGCACCAGCCCGGAUUUAGCAGCUCAUCUCUCUCUUUUGGCUAAAACCACAAGUAAAAGUCAGAUACCGGCUGAAAGCCGACAGCCCCAGCUUCGAAACAACACCUGCCGCACAUCUCUACCGUGCGGCGUUGGUAAGAUAUCAGCUGCUGAAGCCGGGUCGGAGAAGCAAGCCAAGAAGGUAAUCGGACUGAUGUGAAAUGUCAGGUCGGCCGGUUGGCGGCUGCCGGGAGCUCUGGAGUUUGGUAUUUCAUGGCCAGCCAGGGCUGUAAAUGCUUUAGCUGCUCCUCCGUAGCACCAGCCCCAGGCGUGGGUCAGGAAAAGACAGGAGUGAACCCCUUUUGGGGAGGGGAUGGGGCAUAGCCCCCAGGAUCCAGCAUUCGCGGCGCCUCUGGAUGGGGGGUAGACACGGGGGGAGGAGAGUUGGGGUGGGAUGCAGCUGUAGGUAUCUCAUUGCCACUAAGGGGCACAGGAUGAAAGGGGGCAGAGGGGAUUUCAAGCCAGUGCCCCCUUUCGCCUCCGCUGCCGAAACUGAUUUUCACUCACUCACUGUGACCAAAGUAAACUCUUCCGCACCCCCCCC